GGGCGUUUCACUCACAACUGAAACUACAACUGAAACUACAACUGAAACUACAACUGAAACUACAACUGAAACUACAACUGAAACUACAACUGAAACUACUAAUGCUAACGAUACUCCAUUGGCCGAUAUAACAAAUAUUGUUGAAUAUUCUAAUAAUGAUCUUAUUGACGACUCUAAUGAAGACCCUGAUGAUGAUAUUGAAACUGAUGAAAAUAGCACUGUUGAUACAACUCGGAAAAGGAAAUUCCGAAGAGGUUUUCUAGAAAAUGAUGAUCAUUAUUAUCAAUGUUUGAAUGAGGCUAGGAAAUUUCAGAUGCCUAACCAAAUAAGAAAUCUUUUUGCAACAUUACUCAUCUUUGGAGAUCUCACAGACGUAUGCCAGUUAUGGAAUGAAAACUUUAGCGCAAUGGCUGAGGACUUUGCACUCAGAGGAAUACCUGAGGGACAGCACCAAAUUCAAGCAGUUUUGCGACACAUAAAUCAAUUUCUGCAAAGGCAUUCUAAGACCGUUACUGAUUAUGAUUUACCAGAACUAAUGCCAGAACAUAAUAGUGAAGAAUUACCAACAACGCUUAUUGAAGAAUUUUUGUACCAAAUUGAUCCAGAAGAACUUGCAAAGGUGGAUACAUUAAACGAAGUACAACGUGCUGUAUUUGCUGAAGUAAUGGGUCUUAUAAACGAAGAAAAUCCUAUUGAUUUGUUGACAGACGCCAUUUAUCCUGAUCUUACUACCAAUGCUAUUAAUAGCUCUUUUAUAACAGAAAGAGCAAUUUUAACUCCUUUGAAUAAUGACGUUGAUGAAAUUUACGAAAAGAUAAUUUUGACUAAAUUUCCUGGAGAACAUUACAUAUCUUAUAGCUUUGAUUCUGUGUCAGAUGACGAUGUAAAUUUAUCUCAACUCCAUAACCCCUCAAGGCCUUCCCCCACACGGUGUAAUCUUAAAGCUUUUGUAAAGAAUGGCACAAUUGAAGGAAAAGACGGGACCUACACUCGAAAUGUUGUAUUCAAGGAAGCUUUA